UGUCUGUUGACGUGUCUCUCUCUUUCUGUGUUGUCUCGGUCGGUUCUGUCUUUUUAUUCCGGAGCGGCUGAUGGAGCUACACUGAUACCGCAGAACAUUCAAACUGGUUCCAGUAACGCGACAGGAGUCGGCCAAAGGACACCAUGGGCAUUAAAUUUUUGGAAGUAAUCAAGCCGUUCUGUGUGGUUCUACCAGAAAUCCAAAAACCAGAACGAAAGAUUCAGUUUAGAGAAAAGGUGCUAUGGACUGCCAUCACACUAUUCAUUUUUCUGGUUUGCUGCCAGAUUCCACUCUUUGGUAUCAUGUCAUCAGAUUCAGCAGAUCCCUUCUACUGGAUGAGAGUAAUCCUGGCUUCCAACAGAGGUACUCUGAUGGAGUUGGGUAUCUCACCCAUUGUCACCUCAGGCCUCAUUAUGCAGUUGUUGGCUGGUGCGAAGAUCAUUGAGGUGGGAGACACUCCCAAGGACAGAGCACUCUUCAAUGGAGCACAGAAAUUAUUUGGAAUGAUCAUAACCAUUGGACAGGCCAUUGUAUACGUUAUGACCGGCAUGUAUGGAGAUCCUUCAGAGAUGGGUGCUGGUAUAUGUUUGCUCAUCAUCAUCCAGCUCUUUGUUGCAGGUCUGAUUGUCUUGCUGCUCGAUGAGCUACUCCAGAAGGGCUAUGGUUUAGGUUCUGGCAUCUCCCUCUUUAUUGCAACCAACAUCUGUGAGACCAUCGUCUGGAAGGCUUUCAGCCCCACGACAGUCAACACUGGCAGAGGUACGGAGUUUGAAGGAGCUAUAAUUGCUCUCUUCCAUCUGCUGGCCACCCGUACGGACAAAGUACGUGCUCUGAGAGAGGCUUUCUACAGACAAAACCUCCCGAACCUUAUGAACCUCAUUGCCACUGUGUUUGUGUUUGCAGUGGUCAUAUACUUUCAGGGCUUUAGAGUGGACCUGCCCAUCAAGUCAGCUCGCUACCGCGGCCAGUACAACACGUACCCCAUCAAAUUGUUCUACACCUCCAACAUCCCCAUCAUCCUGCAGUCUGCUCUGGUCUCAAAUCUCUACGUAAUUUCCCAAAUGCUGUCUACACGUUUCAGUGGCAACUUUCUAGUCAACCUGCUGGGAACCUGGUCUGACACCUCUAGUGGUGGACCAGCUCGAGCCUACCCAGUGGGUGGUCUCUGCUAUUACCUUUCUCCCCCGGAGUCAUUUGGUUCUGUUCUGGAUGACCCAGUCCAUGCUGUUAUUUACAUUAUCUUCAUGCUCGGCUCCUGUGCCUUCUUCUCAAAGACCUGGAUUGAGGUUUCAGGAUCCUCCGCAAAAGAUGUGGCUAAGCAGCUGAAGGAGCAGCAGAUGGUAAUGAGGGGACACAGGGAAACAUCUAUGGUGCAUGAGCUAAACAGGUACAUCCCCACAGCUGCAGCUUUUGGCGGCCUCUGUAUAGGAGGGCUGUCCGUCAUGGCUGAUUUCCUGGGAGCCAUUGGCUCUGGUACUGGAAUUCUGCUGGCUGUGACCAUUAUCUACCAGUAUUUUGAGAUCUUUGUGAAGGAGCAGAGUGAAGUGGGCAGCAUGGGAGCGCUGCUCUUUUAGGGGUGGGGAAAAAAAAAUCUUUGAACAACACAUCAGAUACAAAUCUCAUACACACACACACCCAUCAUAAAUCAGUUUGUUUUAUUUGGCAGUUCUGCAAUAUUCACAGUCAGUAUAUUUUUGCAGCUGGGAUGGAUAGUUUUCUCUGCUACCUUUGUUUUCCACCAUACACUUUGAUGUCAGUGCAGAGAAAGGUGUUUCUAAUUUCGUCCCAGUAUGGAGCAUAGUAUUACAGUGCUCUGGUCCUUUUAUUCCAGUAGCUCUUAGAUGUCUCUGCAGCCUGCCUCAGUCCCCAGUGACUUUUUUUUUUUUUUUUUAAUCAGCUGAGGAAUGACCUUGGAGCACGCGGAUGUGAGUUGCUGUUAUGUUUUACUGCAGCAUGUUCAAUAAACACUAAGCCACACCAUGUCAAUGCAGAAGUGUGCCUGGACAUUUUAGAGGGAGAUGAAACAACGCCAUCAUGUUCGUUUCAGGUAGUUUACGACCAUGCCAGGGGUUUAUAGUGGCAGGAUGUGUCUAAAUAAGAUGCUUGUAGUCCUGGUAAGGCUUUGAUAAUCUCUGACAUGCUCUUGUUUUCAUAUACCUGGGUGGUUUUAAAUGAUGGAAUGUGUUCACUCUGGGAAACAGUGUUCAUCCUCAGUCUCUGGACAUCAUCUGCAUCAUCCUGGUAAUUUAUUCGCAGACUGAAUCACUGCACAAAACUGCCGAGAUGAGGGUGGGUUUGAUAGGGAUCAGGGUUUCAUUUUGUUUUUUACUUUAUGUAACAGACGUAAAUGUUAUUAAAACAAAAUGGCAUUUUUUCCAACCCA